UCCGUUACUACAGCUCCCAGACCGUCGACGCCGUUUACUUCCCCUCUACAAAACCAAGUGGCGAUGUUUUUCCCAUUUCAUUUCGCGUUUGACUCUUCAUCCAGUCUCUCAUCUACCUAGGGUUGUGAGCGGGCAAGCAACAACGAACUCCGAGCUCUGAAUCGCCCCGCCGCCCGCGGCCUGAAGUUCGAACUCCAAAAGCUUUACAGCCCACCGCCGGACCUUUAAUUUACUCAAUUGCUCCCGGUUGAUAAUUUAUACUUAUGGUCUUCUCUUCUACAUUUGUGUGGAUCAGAGGCUAAAGGCAGUUCUCAUAUUGCUCCAGUGGAUCUCAUUGUUGAUAUUAACAUGCAGCUGUCUGAAGAAAAAUAAACAAAAAAGAAUGUGAUGGAGUACAAGUGUGAACCCACCUGGUAAUAUACUUAAAGAUUGUUGGAAAUAACAAAAAGGAACCGCCCUGGAAUAUACUUAAAGAUUGUUGGAAACUACAAGUGUGAACGUGCAGCUCUUAGACUACUAGAGUAGAAGCAGAUGAAUGUGAUGGAGUAUGAUAGAAGAGCAUACAAAGCAGAAUGAAGAAAAAAUGAUAGGUCCACACAAGCCAAAGAAGGAAUUGGAAGAAUCCCUUUAUACACACAAAAUCUUUAAGUUUGAUCUCUGAGAGAUGUCCUGGAUGUGGGAAAGUCUUGGCUGAAAGCAGCUGCUAGAAUUUGGAAUAAUGAAAUUUUUAGUUGGGGAGACCAAACUGGCCCGUUGUAACCUUUUUUCUAUAUGAAAAUCAUGUGAUAGAUCAUGAAGGAUUCCCACUUGUGAAAAAGAAAAGAAAAUAAAAAAAUGGUAGUUUCUCAAUAGAGAGUUGUUGCGGCAAUUGCAGAAGGGAAGUUCAAAGAUAAAUCAUCCCUGUUUCUACAAAGAUAGUCAACCCAAUAUCUGGAAUAGAGAAGUCGGUGGUGAUAUCUUUCAAUGAAAGCUUCGUCGAAAGGCAAACAUGGGGUCUUGGCUAAAUUAAAGCAUGUUUUCGAAAAACAUGGAUCCACAAUGCAGAUAGUGAUUUAAUCCCAUUUAAAAUCAUCUACUAAACCCCAGUUAGUUCUUGUCUGUACUACAACACAUUGUGUGUUGGUCUGACUUUGCCCCAUUCUAGGCAAUGCUAACCUGGUUUGUGAUGGAGGUUUGUGAUGGUGCAGGAGCAAUUCUUAUGGAGAGAAGUAUAGCUCUUCAAAAGCACAAGCUCAAGCUUAAGGAGUCCAAAGAAGGGGUUUUGGGAAGGAAAAGUUGGGAGAAAGUGAGAAAGAUUAAGGGACUUGAUAUAGAGUAUCUUUGAGCUUCGCCGGAGUUUCGCCGGAGUUGGUCAAGUUGGCCGGAGUUGGUCAAAGUUCACCGGAAUUAGUCCAAGUUCAACCGCGGAGCGUAGAACACGCUUAAGCUCACUUAAGGUGAGGAUGACCGACUAUAUUGCUUAUAAUUAUUGGGUUAAUUUCAUAAGAUUACCUAAAUGAAUUAUAUGUGUGAUAGGCUCGUUCCGUUCCUAUCUUUCACCCAUAUUGUGGGUGUUGAUUGUCUAAUUUUUAUAAUUAAUCGGGUGACUAUUGGGGGUUUUGAAUGAAAAUUUGUUAUUUUUCGGUCUCGGUGGCAUUCGUAUUCAGUGUAGUAUUUUUCUACACAAUUUGACAUAUUUUGGAGUAAUUUGAUUGUAAAAUUACAUGUUAUUAGCGGUGUGGCGAGUUGUGCUUUUACAGGCUGAAUUUUGCGGUGAAUAACACAUUUAUGUUUGGACCGGAAUUUUUGAGAGUUCUUUCAAGAACAAUUUGGUGCAGCCCGAAGCAAGUGAAGCGCAGUCCACCGAAAAAAAUUAGCAGCAGCUCGGUUGCAGCCCAAAAAUGAUAGGAAAAAAAAAGAACACCAAGGGCUGAGUUUUAUUUUGGGGGUAGCAGUAGCCCAGGACAAGAUCACCCAUUCUUUCUUUUCAUUUUUCUGAAGAACCCCAGCCGCACGAGUUCGUUUUUUUUCCCCCAGUUCACUUAGCCGCAGAACACAAGCAGCCGUAGCCAGUAGGAGCUCAUAUUUUUUUCUCUGUUCGUAGAAAGGCAGCCGCACCAGGUUUUCUAAUCUGUUCGAAUUAGUUACAAGCAGCCGCCGGGGAGGAAUCCUUUCUGUUCCUUGUCACUUAGCCACAACAAGUAUUUCUUUUCUUCUUUUGGAAUUAGCCGUAGCAGCAAGAAAGAACAAGGAGGUUCCUCAACUUCACUUUUCUUCAAUUUCUUUCAAUUCAAUUUAGAUUUCCAAGUGAUAGAUUGUAAGUUUCAGCAUAUUAUACAUUACCAAUUCUUGAAUUUGGAUUGAUUUCGAAUUUCCUUAUCUCCAAUUAGUAAUUUCAGUUUUCUUCCAAUUUAAUACUCAUAGUUCAGUUUCUAUAUCUAGCUGCUUAUCAUGUUUAUCAAUAUUAUUGUGAUGUUAGUUUUAAUUAUGAGUAGCUAAUUCCACAUAGGGUUUGAAUUGGGGCUAGGGUUCAUGGGUUCCUAAGGGUGUGAAUUUAGUUUUUUUGAAAUUCAAUUAAUUUUCUGGUAAAUUGUAUAAGAUUACUCUUAACUGUCUAUAUGAAUUUGAUCACCUCAUAUAUGAAUGUCUGGAUUUAAUUCAAUUCUUGUCUAUGAGAAAUUGAGUUAAAUUAGCUCGGGUCUUAUACAAGCAAUCUGAUCUUAGAAAUAAGUUAAGAUUGUGAUAAUUUGAUUUAAUUCUUGUUUAUGAGAAUUUAUUUCAUUUUAUUUCCACGAAUAAUUGAAAAUCAAUUUUACUUAAUUCUAAUCCCGAAAGAACACCCAGAACCCGAACCAUCCAAUUUGAACCCUCCUUUUAUAUCUAGAAUUAAUUUAAUUAUUUGUUUUUUUUCUCUAUUUAAUUUUGCACUCACUAUUAGUUAGUUUUAUUUUUAAACCACUCAAAAAAUAUUUAUUCGGAAAGAUUACCAUGACUUGUGCUAGCCUGUGAUCACGGACUGUAUUUAAAACUUCCUUUUUGCCACUCCUUGAGAGACGAUACUCGUGGUCUGGUUAUUCUUCGGAUUAGCCAACUACGUUUUACUCACUAUAAAAUCCACCGAUCAAAUGGCGCCGUUGCCGGGGAGUGGCACGGUUGUUUGUUAAGUACUUUUUUGUGGAAUAGGUAAAAGCAAGUCGGUGAGACUUUCUAUUUUUUUCUGUUAUUUGUUUGUCGUUUUUGGUGUUCUUUGCACGUGAACUAAGCUGCAGGAACUAGUGCAUGCGCACUCGCUCCUCGGAGGAACAAGAUUUAAUUGCAGGUUAUUCUAAUCCUGAACGCUUAUUCCGAGGAAGAGCUAAAAGGCGUUUGCUAGAAGACUUGGAGAAAAUGGCUGAUCAGACAACUCUGGAGACGUUGACGCCUAACUAUGUGGCGAGAAAUAGCAUUGGAGCACCCACCAUUGAGGCCAACAAUUUUGAAAUCAAGCCAGCCAUGAUUCAGAUGCUUGCUAAUAAUCCAUUUUGUGGAUACGCCCAUGAAGAUCCAAUGGAUCAUAUUGAGAGCUUUAUUCAAACUUGUGCCACAUUCAAAUAUAAUGGAGUGUCCAGUGAGGCAGUCAGGCUGACUUUAUUCCCAUUCUCAUUGAGAGACAAAGCUUCACGGUGGCUCCGUAGCUUUCCAAACGGGCACUUUGAUACAUGGGAGAAGCUUCAUCAAGCAUUUAUGCAGGAGUAUUUUCCUCCCUCUGCCGCUAUCAAGGUUCAGACGGAAAUUCUCAAUUUCACUCAAGCUCCGACCGAAUCUUUCAGUGAGGCAUGGGAUAGGCUGAAGAUGUUGAAAAGGAAGUGCCCUGAAACAUUCAUGAAUGCAGCAACAAUUAUGUGCAGAUUUUAUAAUGGUCUUCGGUUGGAGUAUAUGAGAGAACUUGACCGGGCAUCUCAAGGGGGUAUGUUUCUGAAAUUAUCCCCACAGGCAGAAGAGCAAAUAAUUGAAAACUUGGCUUCAAAUGACAAGUAUUGGUAUGCGGGUAAAGAGAGAGUUCAAAAUCCACCCGGUUUGCUCAAUCUUGAUCCCAUCACUGCACUUACAGCGAAGAUUGAGGGGCUGGCUGUGGACGUGAAAGACUUGAAGGCACAGACUUCUCAACAGCAGCAGUUCCAUAAUAUUGGAGCAUAUCAGCCCUCUUAUCCUAUGUAUUCUGCCCCAUUUCCUGUUCGAGCAAGCUAUCCAAGCCCAACCGGCCAAGAACUCGCUUUAUCUUGCGAGAUGUGCAUGGGAGCUCACCUCACUCACACAUGUCCUCUUUAUGUUCAGAAUCAGGCAUCACCAGUGGUCCAGAAUGUCAAUUUCAUGGAAUAUGGUCAAGGCCAGAGAGGAGGUGGACAAUGUUUCAACAAUCAAGGUCAGAGGGGAAACUUUCAGCAAGCAGGAGGCACGUGGAGGCCUGAAAAUCAGAAUCAAGGGCAGCGGAAUGCCCCUAAUUUUCAAGGAAAUUUCCAGAAUAGAGGCCAUCCAAACCAGCCCGCUUAUAUCCCGCCUCAUCAAAGACAGCUUGAGCCACCUCCAGUAAAUGCAGCGUUGGAGAAAACAGUGGCUGAAUUAGCAAAAAAUCAAGCGGAGAUGCACCAACGUUUCAGCAACCUAGAAACUCUUAUCCGUCAGCUUAGUUCACUUGCUCCCAGAGAAACGGGCAGCCUUCCGAGUUCAACAGAACCUAACCCAAGGGAGCAUGUGCAAGCUGUUACGCUACGAAGCGGGAGAACACUUCCAGAAGUUUCUACUCCGCCAAUGUCUCAACAAAAUGAUGACCAGCAGCUUCAAGGCCCCAAAUCCCAGGUUGAAGAAGAACCAGUGGCUGCCUCUAUUCCAGCCAAGAGUGAAGAAGUCCAGAAUGAAGAAGCUCAGAAGAAAAAGGAGAGUAAGAAGACUCCACCCCUUCCGUUCCCUACACGGGUGAAGAAGAGCAAUGAUAACACGAACUUGAUCAGAUUUAUGGAGCAUCUAAAACAGCUCCAUAUCAAUAUGCCAUUCAUGGAAGCAUUGACAGAGAUGCCGAGGUACGCGAAGUUUCUGAAGGACCUCCUCACGAAAAAGAGGAGGUGGGAAGAGCCAGAAGUGGUGGAUCUCAAUGCAGAAUGUUCAGCGGUUGUUCUGAGGACCAUGCCACCAAAACGAAAAGAUCCAGGGAGUUUUCUUGUACCUUGUUCUAUGGAAAAUUUUAUGUUUAAUAAUGCUUUAGCUGAUUUAGGAGCUAGCAUCAACCUGAUGCCUUCCUCUGUGGUCAUGAAACUUGGCUUGGGUGAACUUAAGCCCACUCGUAUGAGCCUCCAGCUAGCGGACCGAUCGGUGAAAUACCCGAAAGGAAUUCUAGAGGAUGUAUUAGUACGAGUGGACAAGUUCAUAUUCCCUGUCGAUUUUGUGGUCAUGGACAUGGAGGAAGAUCGUGAGACUCCACUUAUUUUAGGGAGGCCCUUUCUGGCUACUGCUAGGGCCCUUGUUGAUGUUGCUGAUGGUUCACUUUCUCUGAGAGUUGGGGACGAUGUGUGCACUUUUAAACUCUCAGAUGUGAUGAGUAAGGCCUCAGACCCCACUGAAUCAUGCAAUUAUCUUGAUAUGUUUGAGUCAGUGGAGGGUUAUUUGUUUGGAGGCGAUAGUGAUAUUACCCCACCAGAUAGUGACAUUCAUUAUGUGGGGGAUAUAGUGGCUGAAAAUGAAGAAGAAAUGACUGUUGAUUGCGAGCAGGUGAUUAGGGAUGAUGUUUUCCCUGAGUUGCUUACUGAGUUUGAGGAGCAGCCCACUGAUAAGGUUACUCCUGAACUCAAACCACUCCCUAGUCACCUGGAGUAUGCAUUUUUGGACACAGAGGGCCAACGACCUGUCAUAAUUUCAGCUCAGUUAGAGUCGGGACAGAAGGAAAAAUUGUUGGAUGUCCUUAGGUGCCACGAGCAGGUCAUUGCUCGUAAGCUUGAGGAUCUUCGUGGGAUUAGCCCAACCUUCUGUACCCACAAAAUUAAGUGUGAGGAGGGGUAUAAACCAGUCGUGCAACCGCAACGACGCUUAAACCCCAAGAUGAUGGAUGUUGUAAAGGCUGAAGUCCUGAGGCUUCUUGAUGUGGGUAUAAUCUACCCAAUUUCAGAUAGCCAAUGGGUUAGCCCUACUCAUGUGGUCCCCAAGAAAGGGGGUAUGACGGUUGUUCAGAAUGAGAAGGGGGAACUCCUACCUAGUAGGACUGUGACAGGGUGGCGGAUGGUCAUUGAUUAUCGUAAACUGAAUGAGGCCACCCGGAAGGAUCACUUUCCCUUACCUUUUAUUGACCAGUUGAUUGAGAGUUUGGCGGGGCAUGCUUAUUAUUGUUUCCUUGACGGGAUGAGCGGGUACUUUCAAAUACACGUUGAUCCCGUUGAUCAGGAAAAGACCACUUUUACUUGCCCAUUUGGGACAUUUGCAUUUCGUAGGAUGUCUUUUGGUCUAUGUAAUGCCCCUGCCACAUUUAUGCGUUGUAUGAUUGCUAUUUUUGAGAAGUUUAUUGGUGAUUUUAUGGAGGUUUUUAUGGAUGACUUCUCUAUCUUUGGAGAGUCAUUUGAUGAAUGCCUCCAUAACCUGGAGAAAGUGUUGAUUAGGUGUGAGGAGACCCACUUGGCCUUAAGUUGGGAAAAGUGUCACUUCAUGGUCAAGGAGGGUAUUGUGCUAGGUCAUAAGGUGUCAUCUAAGGGGAUUGAGGUUGACAAGGCGAAAAUUGAGGCUAUCGAGAAACUCCCGCCUCCAAAGAACGUGAAGGCUGUCCGUAGCUUUCUCGGCCACGCUGGCUUCUACCGUCGUUUUAUACGGGAUUUCUCAAAAAUAGCUAAACCUCUCACCCGUUUGCUUGAGAAAGAUGCUGAUUUUUUGUUUGAUGAUGAAUGUUUGCUUGCUUUUAAUUGUUUGAAACUUAAGUUGAUGGAAGCUCCAGUUUUAGUUGCUCCAGAUUGGGAAAUCCCCUUUGAGCUGAUGUGUGAUGCUAGCGAUCAGGUGGUCGGGGCCAUUCUUGGCCAACGGAAGGAUAAUCACUUCCGCCCCAUCUAUUACGCUAGCAAAACCUUAGCGGGACCCCAAUUGAAUUAUACCACUACAGAGAAGGAGCUUCUGGCUAUUGUGUAUGCUUUGGAGAAGUUUAGGUCGUACAUUAUUUUGUCUGAAGUAAUUAUCUACACCGAUCAUUCGGCGUUGAGAUAUUUAUUUCAGAAGCACGACUCUAAACCUAGACUUCUCCGUUGGAUUUUGUUGUUGCAGGAAUUUCACAUAGAGAUUAGGGACCGGAAGGGUUCCGCCAAUCAGGCAGCUGAUCAUUUAUCACGAUUAGAUGCUGAUUUGGUAGACUCUUUUAGUAAUGAUGUUAUCGAAGAACUUUUUCCUGAUGAACGUCUUUUGCAGGUUAAGAUUGCUUCCGAGGUGCCCUGGUAUGCAGACAUAGCCAACUAUUUAGUAGGCAAUGUUGAGCCUACCGGGCUAUCUCGGCACAUGUUAAAAAAGUUUUUGUCUGAUGCUAAGUAUUAUUUCUGGGAUGACCCUUAUUUGUUCAGGAUUUGCGCUGACCAGGUAGUAAGAAGAUGUAUUCCUGAGAGUGAAAUGAGUGAGAUUUUGUACCAUUGUCAUGCUGGCCCUGCUGGGGGGCAUUUUUCUGGUAAUAGGACAGCAAGAAGAGUGCUAGAGUGUGGGUAUUAUUGGCCCACGUUGUUCAAGGAUGCGAAUUCUUAUGUUGCCUCAUGUGAUAGGUGUCAACGGGUAGGAAAUAUUUCUAAACGAGAUGAGAUGCCCCAGACAUAUCUAUUGCCUUGUGAAGUUUUUGAUGUCUGGGGGAUUGAUUUUGUAGGCCCGUUCCCUAGCUCAAGAGGCAAUAAAUUUAUUUUAGUCGCUAUUGAUUAUGUGUCAAAGUGGGUAGAGGCUAUUGCGAGCCCUACCAAUGAUGCUAGAGUUGUUGUGCGGUUUGUGAAAAAAUUGUUUUCCAGGUUUGGAGUCCCAAAAGUUUUGAUUAGUGACCGAGGAACCCAUUUUCGUAAUGAUCCGCUAGCUCGUGUUCUGUCUAAAUAUGGGGUUCAACAUCGGCAAGGAGUAGCCUACCAUCCCCAAACUCAAGGGCAAGUAGAGAAUGCAAAUCGGGAUCUUAAGGCUAUCCUAGAAAAAACUGUAGCGCAAACUCGUAAGGAUUGGUCAGAAAAAUUAGAUGAUGCGCUAUGGGCUUUUCGGACAGCUUAUAAGACCCCGAUUGGUACUACUCCUUUCCGAUUAGUUUAUGGGAAAUCUUGUCAUUUACCAGUGGAAGUAGAACAUAGGGCACUUUGGGCUUUAAAUACUGUUUGUCUUGAUUCAUCUAGUGCAGGUAAAGAGCGGUUCUUUCAGCUGAAUGAAUUGGAUGAGUGGAGGGCUCAGGCCUUUCAUAAUUCAUAUUUAUAUAAAGAGAGAGUGAAGCAGGCUCAUGACAAGCACAUUAAGGCGGACCGCCAAUUUGUGGAGGGAGAGAAGGUGUUGUUGUAUAAUUCCAGAUUGAGACUUUUUCCUGGGAAGCUGAAGUCCCGAUGGACGGGACCAUACACUGUGCGUCGAGUGUAUCCCUAUGGAAGUGUGGAGAUUGAGCAUAAUGAUGGCCAGGUUGUCAAGGUUAAUGGCAGCCAACUGAAACACUAUUUUGGGGGAACGUUUGAAAAAAGGAAGGAAGUUUUUUGCCUUGAACCAGUUUAGGAACGAGGGCUUAUCGUCAAGCUAGUGACGUUAAAGAAGCGCUUAUGGGAGGCAACCCACCAUAAAAAAAUGGAGUUUUUUAUUUCUUAUUUAUGCAUUUUUGUUUAUGUUGUUUUUAUGUUUUCAUCUUGUGGUUGUGUGGUUGGAUUUCUUUGUUGCUUUGAAUUGCAUAUGCAACCUGGUUAUCAUAGACAGGUGAGGAUGGAGCUCCUCAAGGCUGUCAGCUGCAGAUUACUUUGCAGCAAGCCCGAAAGCGGUAUGAGAGCUGGACGCAACUUCAAACACUUGCAGGGCAAUGGUUAGAGGCCUACACAUGUUCAAGGAGUUGGGGUUUCGCUGGACAGAAACUUGGCAGCAGCAGAGGAACAUUUCUGGCAGAUUCUGGGAGAUUUUGGACGGUGUGAGAUGCCGACUUUUGAGGCCAGAACAGCUGGUCCUUGGCCGUUUUCUGUCAGCAUAAGCAUCACAGUACAUGAGGGAGGAACCAGUUGGAUGCCACACACUCUUAUCCGGUUCAGAUUGAAGGGAAGCAAUUUCAAUACACUUAUUGAGUUCGGUAACCGGCAUAGGUGCAGGCAGAGUAGCUCCAGCAGCUCACUUUUGGUUUACCAGCAAGCUUUGGCAGCAUAAAUGGGAAAUUCACAGUUAUGGCACACUUGCCACGCUUUCUCAAGAGUUGAAGGACUUCAAGUAGCGUACGAGGCAGACUGUGUGCAGGAUUCAGCGGCAUGUAUGCAUCGAGGAGACUGAAUUCAGCCUUAUUAGGGAGGUUAUUCACUGCCGUUUGGCUUGUACGGUAUUCUGCCAGCUCUUACUACGCUACUAAUAAUGUGUGCUUACUGUCAUAUUACUCCUCUUGUUGAUUUGUGUUGAUUAUUAUUCUGAUUAUGAUAUGUUGCCGGGCUGAAAAUCAUUUUAUAUUUAACUUGCCCCUAUUAUUUUUGUUUUAAUCUUUUCUUUGACCUCGAGGGCGAUGUCACCCCUAAGUGUGGGGAGGUUUGGUUUUAGCUUGGACAUGGCAUUUGGUGAUGAAGUUAUUUUUCCCAAAAACAUUUUGAGGUGCACGAGGUUUUUUCUGGUUUAGCAACGCAACAGAGGUAACUUGUUAAUCUUUGUUUUCUUUUGUAAUCUUCCAUCUCCUCCAUCUUUCUUGGAAAGAAUUAGUAAUGGUGUAAUCAUCGGGGUGGUGUGUAUAUUCUUGGGAAAUGUUGGCAUGUUGGAUGGUUUGAUUUGUGUUGAUUAAAUUCGGUCUUACUCGUGAUUCACUAGUUCGCAUUAAUAAUUCCUUGACUGGUCAGGUGGUGAAAAUCCUUACUCCGCAAGGAGCUCUGCUUUAUAAGCAUAUCGGGAUAACUUCAUGCUAAGCAGGUAACUGAUUCUUGUAAUGGGGUUACACUUCAUGUGUCGAGAAUUUCAUCCCUGAAAUGGGGCUCUGCUCAUCUCGCGAAUCACCCUGUGUGAGAGUUGAGUACACAGUAAUGAGAUAAACUCCAAGGCCCUAGAGCUUGAAUCAGUCCUGUAAACCAGAACCUCGUCAACUUUUCAUAUUUAAAAAAAAAAAAAGAAUCAUGAGUAUACCGGUUUUUAUCACACAACUCUUGGGUUUUUGGAAUGAUUGGUGGUUUGAAUUUCACACACCUACACCGUUGGGACCCUCAUGCUUUUCUUUACAUUUUAGUUGGUUGGAGAGGGACUUUACUUUUGAAAAUAUUGUUUAGCAUGUGAGUCUUGGUUUCGUUGUUAAGAAAGAAAAGAUCUUGUGCAGUCAUUUGUUUUGGGUGUGAAUGAUUUUUGAAUCAAGUGUUACAUGCGAUUACUUUGUUUUUCCGUGAGUUUAAUGCAUUGUUGCUUGGGGGCAAGCAACGCUCAAGUGUGGGGAGAUUUGAUAGGCUCGUUCCGUUCCUAUCUUUCACCCAUAUUGUGGGUGUUGAUUGUCUAAUUUUUAUAAUUAAUCGGGUGACUAUUGGGGGUUUUGAAUGAAAAUUUGUUAUUUUUCGGUCUCGGUGGCAUUCGUAUUCAGUGUAGUAUUUUUCUACACAAUUUGACAUAUUUUGGAGUAAUUUGAUUGUAAAAUUACAUGUUAUUAGCGGUGUGGCGAGUUGUGCUUUUACAGGCUGAAUUUUGCGGUGAAUAACACAUUUAUGUUUGGACCGGAAUUUUUGAGAGUUCUUUCAAGAACAAUUUGGUGCAGCCCGAAGCAAGUGAAGCGCAGUCCACCGAAAAAAAUUAGCAGCAGCUCGGUUGCAGCCCAAAAAUGAUAGGAAAAAAAAAGAACACCAAGGGCUGAGUUUUAUUUUGGGGGUAGCAGUAGCCCAGGACAAGAUCACCCAUUCUUUCUUUUCAUUUUUCUGAAGAACCCCAGCCGCACGAGUUCGUUUUUUUUCCCCCAGUUCACUUAGCCGCAGAACACAAGCAGCCGUAGCCAGUAGGAGCUCAUAUUUUUUUCUCUGUUCGUAGAAAGGCAGCCGCACCAGGUUUUCUAAUCUGUUCGAAUUAGUUACAAGCAGCCGCCGGGGAGGAAUCCUUUCUGUUCCUUGUCACUUAGCCACAACAAGUAUUUCUUUUCUUCUUUUGGAAUUAGCCGUAGCAGCAAGAAAGAACAAGGAGGUUCCUCAACUUCACUUUUCUUCAAUUUCUUUCAAUUCAAUUUAGAUUUCCAAGUGAUAGAUUGUAAGUUUCAGC